AUGGACGCGCCGUCCGCCGCCGGGCUGGGCGGCGCCGACCCCCAGCUCCAGCGCUUCAUCGAGGUGGAGACGCAGAAGCAGCGCUUCCAGCAGCUAGUGCACCAGAUGACUGAGCUGUGCUGGGAGAAGUGCAUGGACAAGCCGGGUCCGAAGCUGGACAGCCGGGCCGAGACGUGCUUCGUGAACUGCGUGGAGCGCUUCAUCGACACCAGCCAGUUCAUCCUGAACCGGCUGGAGCAGACACAGAAGUCCAAGUCAGCAUUCUCGGAGAGCCUAUCCGACUGAGCAGGACCCGCGCCCCGGGGGACACCAGCCAGCCCCCCACGAGGCCGGACCCUCUGCCGUGCUGGCUUCUGGUCACUCUGCUGUCUGAAUGAGCCAGGAUCAGGUCUGGGGUUUAGGAUUUAAUUGAAAUGCCAGUCUCUAGGAAGUUGCAGUCAGAUGAGAGCCCAUAACAGAGACACAGUCGCUCCUUGUCAUGGUGGCAUGCUGGGACCUCCUGGCUCUAGCAGCUGUUUUUGUGCUGGGACUCCAGGGCCGCCGCUGCUCUGCAGGGGGUGUUUGAAACGUGCCUGCUCAGCUGCAGAGGGCUGGUGAUGCUCGGUCAGGCUGCUCCCAGCGCUGAUGUGAAUCUCAGCCCUGGGUAGGGCCGGCCUGCAACCACUGCCUUAAACGAUGCUGCACGACGUGAACCCUCCUGGGUGGAUGCUGACAAGCCCUGCAGGUGCCAUCGCUCUGCAGUCCAGUCCAGGUACGAGGAAGAGUUUCUUGGGCACAGUGAUCAAUCCCAGGCAGUGUCACUACUGGAAAAUACUUUCAGGCUUCCAUAGGUAAAUCAUUCAUGUGGCCAAGUGACAAAACAUUCAAGUUGCAGCACAACUCUGUCAAUACUGACUUGCUCCAUUAACUGCUUUCCCCUGGUCAAUGUAAUAAAUGUUAACUGGGUCAAU